AAAAACCCCAAAAAAUUGAGCAAAAUGUUGAAUUUUUGGGUUUUUCUCCUCGAUUUCCCCUCCCCCCCCCGUGUCUAUUUUUGGGUCCCGCGGUGGGGGAGGGGCGCAGCUGCUGUGGUCACUCUGUGGUCACUCUGUGGUCACUCUGUGGUCACUCUGUGGUCACUCGGCACUGGUCACUCUGUGCUGGUCACUCUGUGGUCACUCUGUGGUCACUCUGUGGUCACUCGGUGCUGGUCACUCUCUGCUGGUCACUCCGUGGUCACUCCGUGGUCAGUGGUCACUCAGUGGUCACUCAGCGGUCACUCUGUGGUCACUCCGUGGUCAUUCAGCACCGGUUACUCAGCGGUCACCCAGCGGUCACUCAGCGGUCACUCUGAUGUCACUCUGAGGUCAUUCAGCGGUCACUCCGUGGUCACUCCGUGGUCAUUCUGACGUCAUUCUGAGGUCACUCAGCACCGGUCACUCAGCAGUGGUCACUCAGCGGUCACUCCGUGGUCAUUCAGCACUGGUCACCCAGCGGUCACUCCGUGGUCAUUCUGACGUCACUCUGAGGUCACUCAGCACCGGUCACUCAGCGGUCACUCAGCGGUUACUCAGUGGUCACUCCGUGGUCACUCAGCGGUCACUCGGUGGUCACUCAGUGGUCACUCCGUGGUCACUCAGCGGUCACUCAGCGGUCACUCCGAGGUCUCUCAGCGGUCACUUCGUGGUCAUUCGGCACUGGUCACUCAGCAGUCACUCCGUGGUCAUUUUGACGUCAUUCUGAGGUCACUCAGCACCGGUCACUCAGCAGCGGUCACUCUGAGGUCACUCAGCGGUCACUCCGAGGUCACUCCGUGGUCAUUCAGCGGUCACUCUGUGGUCACUCCGUGGUCACUCCGUGGUCAUUCUGAUGUCAUUCUGAGGUCACUCAGCACCGGUCACUCAGCAGCGGUCACUCCGAGGUCACUCCGUGGUCAUUCAGCACCGGUCACUCCGUGGUCACUCCGUGGUCAUUCUGAUGUCAUUCUGAGGUCACUCAGCAGUCACUCAGCGGUCACUCAGCGGUCACUCAGCGGUCACUCUGAUGUCACUCUGAAGUCUCUCCGUGGUCACUCAGCAGUCCUCAGUACUGGUCACUCCAUGGUCAUUCAGCGGUCACUCUGUGGUCACUCUGAGGUCUCUCCGUGAUCUCUCAGCGGUCACCCAGUGGUCACUUUGGUCAUUCAGCACCGGUCACUCCGCGGUCACUCAGCGGUCACUCUGAGGUCUCUCAGCGUUCAUCCAGCGGUCACUCAGCGGUCACUCUGUGGUCAUUCAGCACCGGUCUCUCAGAGAUCACUGCAAGGUCACUCAGCGGUCACUCAGCACCGGUCACUCCGUGGUCACUCAGCACUGGUCACUCAGCGGUCACUCCAACAUCACUCUGAGGUCUCUCAGCGGUCACUCAGCGGUCACUCAAUGGUCAGUGGUCAUUCAGUGAUCACUCAGCGGUCACUCUCUGGUCACUCUGAGGUCUCUCUGUGGUCAUUCUGAGGUCACUCCGUGGUCACUCUGUGGUCACUCAGCACCGGUCACUCAGUGGUCACUCUGUGGUCACUCUGAGGUCUCUCCGUGAUCUCUCCGCGGUCACCCAGCGGUCACUCCGUGAUCUCUCAGCGGUCACUCAGCGGUCACUCCGAUGUCACUCUGAAGUCUCUCCGUGGUCACUCAGCAGUCCUCAGUACUGGUCACUCCAUGGUCUCUCAGCGGUCACUCUGUGGUCACUCUGAGGUCUCUCCGUGAUCUCUCUGUGGUCACCCAGCGGUCACUCAGUGGUCACUCAGCGGUCACCCAGCAGUCACUUUGUGGUCAGUCAGCGGUCACUCAGCGGUCACUCCAUGGUCACUCAGCACUGGUAACUCCGUGGUCAUUUGGCACUGGUCACUCUGAGGUCACUCAGCAGUGGUCACUCCAUGGUCUCUCAGCGGUCACUCUGUGGUCACUCUGAGGUCUCUCUGUGAUCUCUCAGCGGUCACCCAGCGGUCACUUUGUGGUCAGUCAGCGGUCACUCAGCGGUCAUCCAGCAGUCACUCAGCGGUCACCCAGCGGUCACUCAGAGCUGGUCAUUUUGUGAUCACUCAACGGUCACUCCGCAGUCACUCAGCGGUCACUCAUUGAUCACUCAUUGAUCACUCAGCGGUCACUCAGCGGUCAGUGGUCACUCAUGGCUCCGGCCACACUGCAGCUGCUGCUGCUGCUGCUGCUCCUCAGGACGGGGGCGGCCUCAGGAGAGCUUCAUCCUCAUCCUCAUCUUCAUCAUCCUCAUCCUCAUCAUCCUCAGGGGGAUGAAGGCUCCCCCUCUCACCUUCAUCAUCCUCAGCAGAGCGAGGAAGGCUCCCCCGGUCACCUUCAUCAUCCUCUUCAUCAUCCUCAUCAUCCUCAUCCUCAGCAGAGCGAGGAAGGCUCCUCUGGUCACCUUCAUCAUCCUCAUCCUCAUCCUCAGCAGGGGGAUGAAGGCUCCCCCGGCGACCUUCAUCAUCCUCAUCCUCAUCCUCAUCAUCCUCAUCCUCAGCUGAGCGAGGAAGGCUCCCCUGGUCACCUUCAUCAUCAUCAUCAUCAGGGGGAUGAAGGCUCCCCCGCUGACCCCCUCCAUCAUCAUCAUCAUCAUCACCGGAGGGAUGAAGGCUUCCCCACUGACCCUCUCCAUCAUCAUCAUCAUCAGGGGGAUGAAGGCUCCCCCGCUGACCCCCUCCAUCAUCAUCAUCAUCAUCACCAGAGCGAUGAAGGCUCCCCCAGUGACCUUCAUCACCUUCCUCAUCAUCAGGGGGAUGAAGGCUCCCCCGGUCACCACCAUCAUCAUCAUCACCAUGGCAACCAUGAGGAUGACGACGAUGACGAUGAUGAAGGCCAACAGAGGGUGGAUGAAGGCCACCGUCGCCAUGACGAUGAUGAUGAAGGCCAAGCCCGGGUGGAUGAAGGCCACCAUCACCAUGACGACGAUGAUGAAGGUCAACUGAGGGUGGAUGAAGGCCACCGUCACCAUGACGAUGAUGAUGAAGGUCAAACCCGGGUGGAUGAAGGCCACCAUCACCAUGACGACGAUGAUGAUGAUGAUGAUGAAGGUCGCGGCCCCCCCAGCUCUGAGGAGGAGGAGGAGGAGGAGGAAGGCAGCGAUGACGAUGAUGAAGAUGAGGAAGAGGAAGAU